AUGAAAUUGCUAAAAUCUCAAUGGAUUACCGGAACUGCAAUGAUACAACAUAUCCGAGAAGCAUCUCUCAGGUCAAAAGUCAAAAAAAUUAAUCCAUGGGAACUAUAUGAACCGAUGAUAAAAAAUACAAAAGUUUAUCCUGAAUAUCCAACGUUAACACUUCAAUUGGAUUCGAUGGAUUUUGUACCACUUGAAAAAUUUCAUAGUUAUGCGCACAGAAAAGCACGUCAAUUCAAAUUCAAAGUGAUCGAUAGCUACGCGAUUCCUCCUACUAAAACUGCACUGAAGUUAGAGAAACCUGACAAAAGGAAACCAGAAAAAGAAAUAGUACUGUCAACGUAUCAUCGAUUUCUCAGAUUGAGUGAAGUACCAUGUGUUCGACUCUCAUUGUAUCUUUAUCUUAUGCAGGCUCAUGCACCUGUUGGUAUUACGAUAACAAUCAGGAAACAGGAACAAAUGGAUGAAGAUAUAAGGUAUAUACCGGACGAAAUUUUGGAAGCUAAAAAAGCAGAACUGCUUAGCUUGGAUGAUCCAAAAACGAGGAAACUGCUCGGCUGGGAGUGA